UGUGGACGGACCGCACGAUUCCCUGCAUUACUCGGAGCCCUAAGCAGGCACCUUUAACCUUGAGCCUGCUCGCUAGCGACCUCCAGAGGGCCAGGCUGGUUUGGGACCGGUAUGAUAAAGCCCUCUUCUAGUUUUAACGACUCUAUUUGCAUAACGGAGACCACGCUUCCUCCCGCCGGUCUGCAGUGCUUUUCUUUGCUCCUUCCCGGACCUCUGCACCCACAUCUGCGGGUCCCUCUCUGCUCCCCAGAAGAUCCCUUCUCAAGGGGACUCACUCGGAGCUUGAGUCCCGGGCUCUUCUCCCUCCGCCGGGUGAGGUCGGGAGGCACCUGGGGGAGCGGAGUUGAGCACCAGGCUGGGCUGGGGAGCCGCCCUGGCACUGCCCGACCCUAACAAAGAGAAUCGGGCUGCGCGCCGCGCGAGCGCUCGGUGGGCUCCGGGGCCGCCGCCGCCUUCCCGGCUGAGAGCGCCGCAAGCAGGGGUAGAGCCAGCUGUGCCAAGCUCCACAGCCAGUGGCUGAGAGAGAAGCAAUCAGUGCCCCGGAAGUCAACUGAAAUGAACUGGCCCCCUUGAGGCUUCCCCAAAUACCUGAUACCCACUUUCCAGCCCGAUGCUGAGAUGGUUUUUGAUCAUCCUGAGAAAAAUGAGCCUUGGCCUCCAGACCUAGUAAAGUAACCUCUUUCUCAUGGAGAACAGUGCUGGCUCCUGAGGAUCUGGAGGGCCUGCAGCCCCAGAGGGAUUAGCCAGAAGCAGGCGUGGUUCCUGCUCUGCACAGUGGCUCUCCUGUCUGGAUCAUUCAUUAUGAUUCAUACCAACUUGAAGAAAAAGUUCAGCCUCUUCAUCCUGGUCUUUCUCCUGUUCGCAGUCAUCUGUGUGUGGAAGAAAGGGAGCGACUAUGAGGCCCUUACACUGCAAGCCAAGGGAUUCCAGAUGCCCAAGAGCCAGGAGAAAGUGGCCAUGGGGUCUGCUUCCCAGGUUGUGUUCUCAAACAGCAAGCAAGACCCUAAGGAAGACAUUCCAAUCCUCAGUUACCACAGGGUCACAGCCAAGGUCAAACCACAGCCUUCCUUCCAGGUGUGGGACAAGGACUCCACGUACGCAAAACUUAACCCCAGGCUGCUGAAGAUCUGGAGAAACUAUCUGAACAUGAACAAAUAUAAAGUAUCCUACAAGGGGCCCGGGCCAGGAGUCAAGUUCAGCAUAGAAGCACUGCGUUGCCACCUUCGAGACCAUGUGAACGUGUCUAUGAUAGAGGCCACAGAUUUUCCCUUCAACACCACUGAGUGGGAGGGUUACCUGCCCAAGGAGAACUUUAGAACCAAGGUUGGGCCUUGGCAAAGGUGUGCCGUCGUCUCUUCUGCAGGAUCUCUGAAAAACUCCCAGCUUGGUCGAGAGAUUGAUAAUCAUGAUGCAGUCCUGAGGUUUAAUGGGGCCCCUACCGACAACUUCCAACAGGAUGUGGGCUCGAAAACUACCAUUCGCCUAAUGAACUCUCAGUUAGUCACCACAGAAAAGCGCUUCCUCAAGGACAGUUUGUACACCGAAGGAAUCCUAAUUGUAUGGGACCCAUCCGUGUAUCAUGCAGAUAUCCCAAAGUGGUAUCAGAAACCAGACUACAAUUUCUUCGAAACCUAUAAGAGUUACCGAAGGCUGAACCCCAGCCAGCCAUUUUAUAUCCUCAAGCCCCAGAUGCCAUGGGAACUGUGGGACAUCAUUCAGGAAAUCUCUGCAGAUCUGAUUCAGCCAAAUCCCCCAUCCUCCGGCAUGCUGGGUAUCAUCAUCAUGAUGACGCUGUGUGACCAGGUAGAUAUUUACGAGUUCCUCCCAUCCAAGCGCAAGACGGACGUGUGCUAUUAUCACCAAAAGUUCUUUGACAGCGCUUGCACGAUGGGUGCCUACCACCCGCUCCUCUUCGAGAAGAAUAUGGUGAAGCAUCUCAAUGAGGGAACAGAUGAAGACAUUUAUUUGUUUGGGAAAGCCACCCUUUCUGGCUUCCGGAACAUUCGUUGUUGAGUACCUAGCCAGGCACCCUUAUCCUUCUCCAUACGUCAUUUUAUGGCUACUCUCCUGGUUACCGCUGCUUGAAGGAGUGUUUUUAUUCAACAGGCCCAGCCUGCUUCCUGCACUCUAGGGAAUUUUGUUGGCAAGAGUUCUGGGGCCUCCAGAGCCUGAUAGCAGGGAGGCAGACCCUGCCUCCCUGGGGCCACAGAGGAUGGGAGUCCAGAUUCUUGCCACACUCAUUCCUCCUAGACAGCAUCCUUCUCUCCUUCCACAUGGGUAGGGGAAAGAUCCACAUUUCUCACCAGGGUUGCCAAAACUAGACUUUGUUUUCUCCAACUGGAUGAUGUCAUCCUCUCAAAGCAGCACCCUCUGUGGCUUGAAGUCUCUCCCUAGGUAUUGAUUUCACAUCCGAAAGAAACUCUCCCAAAUCAUGAUUUGUGUCAGAUGCAGGGUGGCUUCAGGGAGGGGAAGAAAAUAAUUGGGGCAGGAUGGGGAAGCCUACUCAGUUACUCCAGAGUCAAGGUGCUCCCAAGGGCACUCCCUUGGGGACAUAGUCCUGUUGUCACCCUGUCUGGCUAGGCUGAUCCUUAAUCCUGGGUGCUUAUGAGCAAAGGACUUUGGGUAGCCCACUUCCAACUCCCUGUGGAGAUGAAAGGUACAAAACCUCCCAUCUGUCUCCAAUCUGAUCACCUGAAUGGAAGAGAGAGACACCCAACAGGCAGCUAAAAUGCAAACAUUCCGUGUGCUCCUCCCUAAGAGCCUGUUGUCUGUAUACCCAGCUCUGCUGUGUUCUUGUAGGGCUGUGGCGCUGGGGAAGCUCUUGGAGGAAGAAGAGAUACACACCUUCUGCGUCGGAAGAUCUCUUUUCAUUUUGCCCUUUAUCACUGAUGUUAUAUUCUAUAUGGCCUGUUAGAACAUGGAGGCCCAAGGAGUUUUUGUUAGGAAGUCCCUACCACCAAGUGCUGCCCCACAGUAGACAGCAGGUUAGUCAGAUAGACUGGGGUUCUUAUUUUAUUUUUUUUUAAAUGUCUACUCCCAAACCUUCUCCUAAUUGCUAUUGUUACUCUCCCCUAUAGCAGGCUCCCCUCUCGAAUUUUAAUCUUUUUCUGUUUGACAAAUACCCCAACUUUCGCUGACCUUAGGGGCACCCCAUGAAAGGUCUCUCAGGGCAUGGGGAAUAUGUUUUCUGGGACUUAGGUUAGAAUCUUAAUCAUAAAUGAUUCUUCCCAAGGGGUGAAGUGUGUGAUCACAGAUUGCCCUGCUCUUCCUGGUCUCUGGGCAGGAAGCACCCACCCUGUUUGGCAAGCAUACCCUCACAAGGAUUUUCUGAGAUUUCUCUACCAAGUGGGAAGCCACAGUGGGCUACCUAGCCUCUGGUGUGGAGUGGUUCAAUAACCUAUGGUCAAAGUUAAUGCUAUUGAACCAAGGCCACUAAGAUACAAUCAAGGCUGGCCUGUGUUCUCACAGGGCUUCAGUGUUUCAAGCUGCAGACCCACUGUCUUAGAGCUCAGAAACUUGUUUACUGCUGACCCCUUGCCUUAUUCGGGCAAUAGAAAGCCCGGAGUGAAAAGCCCUGGGUUUCCAGGUUGACCCCUCACUUCCUCACUGUGCCACUUUGUUUCUGUAUCUGUAAAAUGGGGGUGACAAUCCUACCUCACAGGGCUGUGUGGGGACCACAGGAAAACAUGGCUGCGAUGUAUGAGAACCACUGGAAAGCGCGUGGCUGGGCUGUGACCACAGUGUAUAGGAAGUAGGUACCCUGCUGUCCUUCCUAUUUCCUUAUGAAGAACCUAUCAGGUGAUCACACCCGUGCUGGGCCUUGCUACAAGGGAGGGCAGUCGAGAGGAGCAGGACAUUCUUUCUGUUGUGAGACAACUGCAUCAUUUGCAAUUUGCAGGGGCCUACUGUCUUGCUGCCUGCACCCCAGGUCUAUUUGUGCUGGGGUUGGGGGUGCACAGAGCAUUGAGCUGCUUGGCCGCUGUGUGGGAUGAGUCUAAAGAAUUCCUGGCUCACUUCUUUUGAUCUCACACGCUCAAUAUAAGGCAUUAGGACUGUGGAUGGAGUGGCCAAGAAGUUGAUGUUCCUUCUGUCAGCAAGAGGUACAUUAGAGAUGGAGACUACACUGGGUAGAUUCUAGUUUUUAAUUCUUAUUAAUGUGGGGGGAAUAAAUUAAUAAGUAUAAUAUGAUUCUGAUGUCUAUUAGACUUUCUCUGUGCUCUUUGUGAGUAAGGUGGGCCACGGAGUGAUGAGGGCAUCACUGUUAGUUUGGUGAGGUGGUUUAAAUGACUGAAUGCUACAGGAAAGUGUCUUCUACGUGGGCACUGACGUCAGUAGCCAUCUAUGCAUCCUAAAUGCAGGAUCCUCUUGAUUCUUUCUGCCAAUCAAAUAUAUCGUUGCUCUUGGUUCAGGGUUUGUGUCAGAAACUUUAAAAACAUACCUGUUGAUUCUAAAUUAUCCAAAGAUUAUGUACAAAUUUUAAAAUAAAUGUCUUUUUCAGAAA